AUGCCGUGUCUUUGCUUUCCAUCGAACACAAACCGCACCUCCAUCUACACCUUCCACUGGCCGAACUUCACCUUCUCACACUCGCAGCACUCCAUCAACACCAGACGUAUCCACGACACUUUUGACCUAACUCACAAACCUCGACCUUCUUUCAUACAGAAGCGCAGACACAGCAGCGGGUACAAGCCUCGUACAGCACGAUACAACAAACCACCACGCCCUAAGCAAGCCCUCAAGAUUAACAGUACUGCACCAAUUGCUAUCCCUACACUUGAUGCGAUGGGCAACGACAACGACUACGCCUCGCGACCCGGUCCACCACCAGGACGUGGACAGGAUCCGCGCCAUGUACAUUUCGGCGGCCAAGCAGGAAGCAGUGAGCUAGCAUCAAACAAUCCUUUUCACCCUUCUCACCAGUCAAACUCGCAGGGUCCGCCUCAGUCUAGCUCGGAUGCUCCACCCGCUUACGACAUGCCGCCUCCUGGUCCACCACCUGGCUGGCGAAAUGAAAAGAAGCAGGCAUCUCACGAGGACUAUAUCGCACCGCCACCUGGUCCCCCACCUGGUUAUGCAUCCGAGAAUUCAGCAUACUCUGCACCUCCCGGGCCGCCACCUUCGCAUAUAGCGAGCGAGCCAGAACCACCACCUUACGAUCCGUGGCUCGCUGUACCCGAUAGCUCCAUUUUGCCACCACCACCAUCGCUCAAAGAAGAACGCAGCCCAACAGCCAACGCAACACUCGACGAGGCACAGCGUGGUCACGACUGGUGCCGCCGGACUCCACUAUGGCCUGCUGGCCAACAUACACCUCAAACAUUCCGUCGUAUAGCUGCCGGCGACGUUAACCUCACAAUGCCACCCAAUACCAAGAACGCCUCUCUGAACGAAGCCGGUAUAGGCCGAACACACAUCCGCACAACGCACAAAUGCGAAGACACUAUCUUCCUCUCCGACAUCCCGCUCUACAUAGCCGCUAGGAGGAUCUUACCCUGCAAAAUCUACUACGAGCUCAAAGUCCUCUCCAUGGGCACCACAGACCGACAAGGCGACACAGAUGCAGGUAUAGCGAUUGGUUUCCUCGCCCCACCAUACCCGUCCUGGCGUCUCCCAGGUUGGCAUCGUGCCUCCCUAGCCGUGCAUGGCGACGACGGACGCAGAUAUGUCGACAACAGUUUCGGCGGGCAGGACUUCGUGUCCGCUUUCCGGAGAGGAGAUACGGUCGGCAUUGGCAUGCGAUUCUCGCCACCUUUAUACCAGGGUGGCAAGAACAGAGUGGAGAUCUUCUUUACCAGGAAUGGGAAGGUGGAGGGAGGAUGGGAUGUACAUGAGGAGAGAGAUAGGGAUCAGGAGGAAGGUGAUGUCCUUGGCCUGGAAGGCGAGCAUGAUUUAUUGACUGCGGUGGGCUGUUUCGGUGGUGUGGAGUUUGAGGCGAAGUUCAGAGAGGGGGAGUGGAUGUAUAAGGGUGAUGGAGCAAGGUAG